UAAAAUAAGCAGAAAUAUAUUUUUCUUGCCUACAGUUUCAAAUAGUUCCUGAGACACAAUGCAGAAGGAUUUUUGUUUUCUUUUUGGAAGCCAUUGGACCAGCUUCUCAAAGUGCAAGACAGAUUGUAAAAUGCACAGGGUGGGGCAAUGAGAAUCGAAAGAGACUCCUGCUAUAAAAUAUAACCACUAUGGUGUCUGUUUCAUGGCCUGAUUGAGCACACAGAAGUCGCCAGGGCUGGGCCAGCAGAGUGGGAUUUAAAAAGGAAUCAAACGUUUUAUUUCUCUCUGGCAAGAGCCAGAGUCCGUCCCUCUUUCUGACUCUCAUUUUUCACCUGUAGCAUUGCCUGUUAUGGGAGGACAUAUGGAACAUUCUUUCUAUUCCCUAAAAUACAAAUGCGAUAUCAAUCAGCACAGAAGGGUAUGUGUGAUGUUUUUAACAUGCCUUCCUAUGACCUCCCUCCCGUCUCCCUACUGGGCGGAGAAUGGUGGAGGGUGCGGCUUCUUGGGUGGCUGCUGUCUCUUCCCCAGGGACCUUCGUGAGCACAUGGCCCGGCUCGGUUAGGUCUUGGAGGAUCUCCCUGAAGUGGACCAAGCCAGCUUCUGCAUCUCCACAAAAAGAAAGCAUCAAGUUCAGGCAUCAGGCUUUGAAAGACUCACACAUUUUCCAGAUUGGACAAUCCAAAGAAGAAAAAGUGAUGCCAUGGCAGCUGUUCCAACACCACCACCGCCUGUAGAACUCCUGACCACCCCGUUUAUGAAGAGGAUGAAUACACCAACUUCAGAAGAGGACGUCAACAUGGCUGUCAUAGGAGCUGUUAUUGCCGUGGUUUUCAUCACUCUCCUUUCUGUCGUUGUGCUGAUUGUCAUUUACCUGUACAAGAACAAAGGCAGCUACCACACUUACGAACGGCCAGACACAGAUCCUGAGGGGUCCAUCCAGAUGGAAGACCUCUCUCGUAAAGGUGAAAAGGAAGAAUAUUUUAUAUAGAAGAUAUUAGUUUACCAGCAUACUUUGGACACAGUGAUCUUCAGUAAACUGUUUGAUGCUUCUUAUGUUUGCCAAAUAUUUAAUAGAGAAAUGAAAACUUUUAAUAUUUAUUUCAUUUUAUAUCAGGUUGUGGGCUCGCAUCUGAGGUGCUUCAACUCUAAAGGAAUAUAAAUUAUAGAUUUUUUUAAAAUGUGGGAACUUUCCUCUGUACAGACUUUAGAGGUGGGGGUCCUGGAAUGUUCCAGAUUCAAGUUAUAAUGCAGAAAUCAUCUAUGGCAGUCAUGGAGAAGGUGUCCUAUCUAGCUGUGGUUGGAGUGCAGCUCCCAUCAUUCCUCAUCACUGGCUGUGCUGGCUGGGGCUGGUGGGAGUUGUAGUCCAAGUCUUACCAACCAUUACUUGUCUUAUUCUGUUUAACCUCAACAGUUAGAGUAGACAAAGAACCAAAGCUUCUUUGCCCUUUCUGCUAGAUAGAAACUAAGGGUGGGAUCAGAUGUCAAGAAAGUACCACCUCUGACCACACUGUAAAGGGUUGCUUUUCCAGGAGCCAUCCACUUUAAUGCAACCCUUCAGUCCUUCCAGGAAUUGCUCCAGCUCAGCCCCAAAACAUAGUAGUCCUGCUGCUGAGCUAAAAUGGUCAUCCAUGUUGGGCACGGAGCAGGGUUGAGCAUGGAGCACUGCUGCCCAAUCAAACCUCAUGAGAUUGCUAGGAAAUAGUUUGCGUGAGACCACGCCGCAAUCAAUCUAAAGUGUGUGCUAUUUCCACUUCUGAUUGCACCCUCUCUUACACUUGGAUACCUGCAAUCUGCAAAGAGUGGGGACAGAGCUGAUCCAAAGUGGAGCUAUAAAAAUUUUUUUUAGGGGAUUAUCAAAGGUAGGGCAUGUCCCUCCAAAGUUCAAAGAACAAAAGGGCCACUCAGACAUUACCUACCCCAGCCCAGAUCAAUAACUAAAACCUUGUAGUUCUCCGGGCUUUAAUUUUUGUUCACGCUUUCUGAAGUUUGGGCCCUGGAUACUUUUCAGAGCGCCUCUCCCCAAGAACAUCCACCCAUGCCAUCAGAUCUUCAUGGGUAAUAUUCCUAGGAGUUGCCUUCUCCGCGGGGGCACCAGCCCUUUGGAAUGAGCUCCCAGCUGAGCUAUGCCUGGCCUCCUGCCUUUAAAAGGGUGUUUAAAACAAUAUUUUUAAAAGAAGCAUUCAGUAGCAUCCUCUAAGGACUUGCCUAAUUUGUCCUGUCAUCAGACUAUUCCUCCUGCUUGUGUUAUUUGUUUUAUACUAUUUUAUUGAUUGCUCUGUUUGUAUAUUUUUAUGAUUAUUUCUUACUUUUGCGUUUAUUUGUUGUCAAUUGCCCAGAGUACUGCUUCAUACUAACUGGGUAGUAUAAAAGUGAAAGAAGAAAGAUGCACACUAAGCUGCCCUGUAUAUCCUUGAUGGAUUCUGCCUCAUCCUUUAAGAAUCCAUGAGACACAGUAUUAGGUAGCAGACUGAGAGAGUUGCACCAUGAGCAAACUCUUACCCUUUCUGGAUAACAGAUAAGCUAUGAACUGGACCUGUUGCUUUAAUUGGUUUUCCAUUUUAAAAUCUGAAACAAGAGAUGCCUUUUAUAUAGUUUUAACUAACAUUCUAGAAGUCACUUUGAUCAUUUCAUAUAGGAAAACACACACCAACGUGAGUGUGUGAUAUAAAUGUUGACAUGUUACAGAAAAGGGAAGAAAGAUUUGACAUUGGGAUGAUAAAGACUCAUGUCUUAAAUAAGACCUAGUUCAGCCUCAACAGAUCAACUACAGUAUUCUAGCUUCAGAAGUGCAGUCAGUCCUUGUAAGGCUGAGCA